AUGGCCUUGAAGGUCAACACGCACCGCUUAGACUUCCGUGUUCUUCACCUUUCAACGUACGCCUUUAGCGCAUUCAUCAGCCAUGGAGCCUUCAUCAUGUCUCAUGCAAUCCUUUACCACUCCAGCCCCUAUUAUGCCCACCUCUCACAGACCACGAAGGGGCUCAGACCCGGCGACUGGGGCCGAUUUUUGGUGAUUGCUGCUACUCGCGAAGACAUGAAGAGGUUCUUCCGAGGGUUGCAAAAGUACACCAAGAUCGGCAACACGACAAUAACCGAGGUGACACCUGUUAGCCUCGCCUGGUGGAAUUUUAAAUCGGCAGGUCAGCUUGACUUGUUGGAGCUUAUUCAGAAAAUCUACCAGAUGGACACAUCUUACUACGGCAAUAUCGAGGAGCUCAACGAGAGUUACGGCAAGAUCCAAGUUACAAGAUUGGCUGAUGGGAUCGGGACCAAAGAUUGGCCGAUACUUCCGCUCCAAGAUGUUUCUCUUGGUGACCUUCAGAUGCACGACUAG